AUGAAGGCGCUUGUACUAGCUCUCACCGUGGCCCUUGUGGCUGGUAACCAGGUGAGCUAUGCCCCAGAGUUUGUUCCUGGAAAGACCUAUGAAUACAAAUAUGAAGCGUAUCUUCUGGGGGGCCUGCCUGAGGAGGGCCUGGCACGGGCUGGGGUGAAAAUCGAAAGCAAAGUUUGGAUUGGUACAGCGACCCCAGACAGCUACAUUCUGAAGCUUGUAGACCCCAUGCUUUAUGAAUACAGUGGCAUCUGGCCCACAGAGGUUUACCACCCCGCCGCCAAGCUCACUUCAGCCCUAUCUGCUCAGCUCUUGACACCCAUCAAGUUCGAGUAUGCCAACGGUGUGGUUGGUAAAGUGUACGCACCCGAAGGUGUCUCUACAACUGUGCUGAACAUCUACAGGGGAAUCCUCAACGUCCUUCAGAUGAACAUCAAGAAGACACAAAAUGUGUAUGAACUGCAAGAGUCUGGACUCCAGGGUGUGUGCAAGACCCACUAUGUCAUUACUGAGGAUUCGAAGGCUGACCGCAUCCAUUUGACCAAGACCAGGGACCUGAACCACUGCCCCGAUAGGGUUUAUUUGGACUUCGGCUUGGCAGGGUAUAUUGACAAAUGUGUUGAGUGUCAGUCUCGGGCACAAUAUUUAAAGGGAGCAUCUGCUGUAUCCUACAUCUUGAAGCCUUCAGCCUCUGGUUCCUUAAUUUUGGAAGCAACCUCAUCAGAGCUCAUCCAGUUCUCACCGUUCAACAUUGUGAAUGGUGCUGCCCAGACAGAGACCAAGCAGACCUUGAAAUUUCUGGACAUAAAGAUGACCCCAAUAGAGCCCAUCAAAGCUAACUACCUUCCCCGCGGAUCACUGAAGUACGAGAUAGGCACUGAGCUCCUCCAGACACCAAUUCAGCUUCUGAGGAUCAGUAAUGUUGAGGCUCAGAGCGUUGAGUCUUUGAAAAACCUGGUAGACUCCAAUUUGGGCAAGGCCGAUGAGGAAUCCCCUCUGAAAUUUAUUGAGUUCAUCCAUCUGCUGCGUGUGGCCAAAUAUGAGACUAUUGAAGCCCUCUGGAGCCAGUUCAAAGCCAGAAAUGAUUACAGGCAUUGGUUGCUGAGUUCUAUCCCGGCCAUUGGUAACCAUGUGGCUCUUAAAUUUAUCAAGGAGAAAUUCAUUGCUGAUGAUUUGACUUAUUUUGAAGCAGCUCAAGCUUUGAUCCCAUCCAUACUGUGGGUGGCACCCGACGUGGAGGCCAUCAAGCUUUUGGAGGGCUUGGCUAUGACCCCGAAAGUACAAGAAAGUCCAUUUUUGCAUGAGAUUGCCAUGCUGGGCUUUGGCAGCAUGAUUGACAAAUACUGUGCUGCGCACCCUUCAUGUCCUGCUGAGCUUGUCAGGCCUGUCCAUGAGCUCAUGGUCAGGGCACUUGAAAAACGUGACCACGAUGAGGUCAUUCUUGCACUCAAAGUUCUGGGUAAUGCUGGACAUCCCAGCAGCCUGAAGCCAAUCAUGAAGCUUCUGCCUGGCUUUGGCAACACUGCUUCCAAUCUUCCACACAAAGUUCACAUUGAUGCUGUUCUGGCACUGAGAAAAAUUUCAAAGAGGGAACCCAAGAUGAUUCAGGACACAGUUGUUCAGGUCUUCAUGGACAAGCAUCUCGACCCAGAGCUCCGUAUGGUUGCUGCCAUUGUGCUCUUCGAGACCAAACUGCCCAUGGGUCUUGUGACUACUCUUGCUCAGAGCCUCUUGAAAGAAGCAAACUUGCAGGUUGCCAGUUUUGUCUACUCUUAUAUGAAGGCCCUUGCCAAGACCACCACCCCAGACCAUUCCUCUGUUGCUGCUGCCUGCAGCGUUGCAAUGAGAAUCCUCAGCCCCCGAUUCGACAGACUGAGCUACCGCUUCAGCAGAGCUUUUCAUUAUGAUGCUUAUUACAAUCCAUGGAUGCUGGGUGCCGCUGCCAGUGCCUACUACAUCAAUGAUGUUGCAACCGUACUGCCAAGAACCAUUAUGACAAAAGCUCGCACCUACUUUUCUGGAACACAUGCUGAUGUUUUUGAGUUUGGAGCGAGAACUGAGGGAUUGCAAGAAGCCCUUUUGAAAACCCGUGAUGUUCCAGAGAGUGCAGACAGGAUCACCAAGAUGAAACAAGCUAUCAAGGCUCUGACUGAGUGGAGGGCCAAUCCUUCAAGGCAGCCCCUGGGCUCUCUAUAUGUGAAGGUUUUAGGACAAGAAGUUGCAUUUGUAAACAUUGACAAAGCAAUGGUUGAACAGCUUAUCCAGCUUACAAAUGUAUUGGAAAUUCGCACACGUGGCAAAAAGGUCUUGGAUGCUCUGCUGUCUGGUUACACACUGAAAUAUUCUAUGCCGAUGCUGGCCGCUGAGAUUCGUCGCAUCUUCCCCACAUCUCUUGGUUUACCCAUGGAGUACAGUCUCUGCACCGCUGCUGUGGCUGCUGCAUCUAUUGAAGUAAAAGCCACGGUGUCGCCACCUCUGCCUGAGGACUUCAAUCCUGCACAGCUUCUUAAGUCCGACAUGUCUUUGAAGUCUGCAAUUACUCCAAGUGUUUCCAUGCACACAUAUGCAGUUAUGGGUGUGAACACUGCUUUCCUCCAGGCUACUAUGGUGACAAAAGUUAAAGUUCACACGAUUGUUCCUGAGAAGAUGGAGGCAAGACUUGAUAUGAAUAAUGGCUACUUCAACCUCCAGCUCCUGCCUGUUGAGAGAGUUAACCCAAUUGCAUCUGCACUUGUGGAAACCGUUGCGGUUGCGAGAAAUGUGGAAGACCUUGCAGCUGCCAAAAUCACACCGAUUCUCCCAGUUGAGACUUUAACAAGGAUGAAUGUCACCUCUACAUCUUCAUGGAUGUCGUCCUCUCUGGAUGAUAUGAUGCCUGAAUCAUCUGAAAGUCUUCCUGUUAACAUGAAAUGGUCAAAAAUGAGCAAAUUAAAAGUCCCCAGAGCUUUUUGGAGGAAACUGUGUGUUGCAACCCAAACAUUUGGAAUCAAGGCUUGUGCUGAGAUUGAAUCCAGCAAUGCCACCUUCCUCAAAAACACCCCCCUGUACGCCAUAAUGGGAAAACAUGCUGUUAACAUUACAGUUUCUCCAGCUGCUGGGCCAGCUAUCGAAAGAAUUGAAAUUGAGGUUCAGGUUGGAGAAAAAGCAGCUGAUAAGCUCAUUAAGGUAAUUAACCUUAGUGAGGAAGAGGAGCCUCUUGAGGACAAAAAUGUCUUGAUGAAACUGAAGAAGAUUCUGGAUCCUGGUCUGAAGAACAGCACAUCCGUUUCAUCUAGCUCAAGCAGCUCUCGGUCCACCAGCUCUCGCUCCAGCAGCUCUCGUUCAAGUUCCUCUUCCUCCAAGAGUUCUUCCAGCUCCUCCUCUCACCGCAGGAGUAUGAUGAUUGAUCUUAUGGAACUCAUGGAUAUAAAAUCAAAGAAAUCAUCCAGCAGCUCAUCCAGCAGAUCCUCCAGCAACUCCUCCAGAAGGAGUUCAAGUCGCCGCUCAAGAAGCUCAUCCAGCAGUGCUUCCAGCAGCCGUUCAUCUCCCCAGUCCAGCAGUGGGACUCCCAGCUCUAGUGCCUCCAGUUCCAGCUCCAUGUCUAAGCAAGAAUUGUUUGAAAUGAACUUCACCAGGCACCACAUUCACCAGCAUUCCGUCUCUGCAGAACGUACUAGCAGCAAGAGCAGUGCCCAGAGCUUUGAAGCUAUUUAUAAUAAGGCCAAAUACCUCUCCAGCACUGUCAAGCCAGUGGUCACCAUUCUCAUCCGUGCUGUCAGAGUCGACCACAAGAACCAGGGUUAUCAGAUCGCAGCAUACUAUGACAAAGAAAAUGCCAGAGUCCAGGUUAUUGUCGCCAACCUCACUGAAAAUGACAACUGGAGAAUCUGUGCCGAUGGUGUCAUGCUGAGCCACCACAAGCUAAUGGGCAGGUUUACUUGGGGCAUCGAAUGCAAGCAGUACAACACUACAAUCACAGCUGAGACUGGCCAUGUUGCUACAAAGCCUGCACUCCGUGUGAAGCUGGCCUGGGCUAGACUCCCUGAGGGCGUGACGCGAUAUGCAAAAUGGGGUUCUGAGUACCUUUCUCGUGUUGCUGUGUGGUAUGGAGUAAAUCAAACAAGAGUUUCCAAUGUAGCUAAAGAGAUCAAACUGACUGUAGCUGUUGCCAAUGAAACAAGCUUGAAUGUUACGCUGAAGACACCAAAGAGCACCUUUUACAAACUGGGAGUCAGUCUGCCUGUUUACCUGCCAAUCAGAGACACUGCUAUUGAACUGGAAUCAUUACCUACCUGGAGAAACAAGAUCACCUACAUGGUCACCAAGGCACAUGCAGCUGAGUGCAAUGUGCUUAAAGACACAGUGGUCACAUUCAACAACAGAACGUACAAGACUGAGAUGCCAAUCUCUUGUUACCAAGUCUUGGCUCAAGAUUGCACAUCAGAACUCAAAUUCUUAGUUCUGCUGAGGAGGGACCAGACACACGAAAGGAAUGAGAUAAAUAUCAAGAUUCACAACAUUGACGUUGACAUAUAUCCCAAGGACAAUGCCAUCAUUGUGAAGGUUAAUGGAGUAGAAAUCCCUGCCAACAACCUGCCAUAUCAGCAUCCAGAAGGCAGCAUAACAAUAAGAAAGACAGAUGACGGCAUCUCUCUCAUUGCUCCUAGCCAUGGCCUUCAGGAGGUCUUCUACAGCUUCAGUGAAGUGAAGGUUAAAGUUGUAGACUGGAUGAGAGGUCAGACUUGUGGACUGUGUGGAAAGGCCGAUGGUGAAGUCAGACAGGAGUACCACACACCCAACAACCGGGUGGCCAAGAACGCAACCAGCUUCUCUCAUUCCUGGGUUCUACCAGGAAAGAGCUGUCGUGAUGCUUCUGAGUGCCUCAUGCAGCUGGAGUCUGUGAAAUGGGAAAAACAGGCCAACCUGGAUGGUGAGCAGGCCAAAUGCUACUCAGUUGAACCUGUGCUGCGCUGUCUGCCUGGCUGCAUGCCAGUGAGAACCACCUUCGUCACUGUUGGUUACCACUGCGUGCCUAUUGAGUCAAACAUGAAUCGUCCUGAUGCUCUCAACAACAUCUACGAGAAGAGCAUUGACCUGAUGGAGAAGGCUGAAGCCCAUCUGGCCUGUCGUUGCACACCUCAGUGUGCUUAA